UCGACCUGGUUUCAGAACUCAUUAAGUAAUAUCCAAUGCCAAAGAUUGUGCUAUAGUAACUUAACUAUACACUGACUAAUGUUGACAGACAUCCCACGAGCCUAUCAUCUUCUACUCCCUUGAUAACUCCGACUUCAUCUAUCUUCUGCAAUUCACAUUUCAAUUAUUCUCAUCCAUUUGUUCCCUCCUUCACUUACCAUCAGUACUACAACCCAUCCCUUUCCCAACCCCACUCUAUUUCCAUUAACUCCUUAGACAACUACAUUUUUUUCCUACAUUGUCUAAAAUCCAGCUCAAUCAAGCUCAUGGCGCUUGAUACAUGGCUAGUCAAAGUGAAGAAAACUAUAUCACACAGCUUCGAUUCAGUUCGAGCAAGCCCUCCUCAUGCAAAGCCUGUCACCAAGAAAUCAAGUCUAGGAGUUAUGGCAUUCGAGAUCGCAGGCCUCAUGUCGAAGCUCCUUCACUUGUGGCAGUCUCUCUCUGACAAGAACAUAAUGCGUUUACGAAAUGAGUCCAUUUGUCUUGAAGGGGUGCGAAAAAUUGUCUCGAAUGAUGAAGAUUUCCUGCUCAGCCUCGCCUGCGCGGAGAUAGUGGAGAAUUUGAGAGUGAUCUCAAGAGCCUUGUCCAGGAUAAGUAGCAAGUGUGAAGACUCGAGUUUACGCAGUUUUGAUCAGAUUUUCGACCAGUUUGCUAAUACUGGCCGUGAUCCUCAUAAUUGGAGCCUGAGCUGGAAGGAUAUGGAAGCGAAGAUCAAGAAAAUGGAUGGUUAUGUGACUGUAACUGCAACUUUGUAUCGCGAAAUUGAGGAGCUUACAUUGGUGGAAAACAGUUUAAAGAAAUCAUUACAGAGUAAAGACCAGGAUCAUGUAACAAUUAAGCAACAGAAGGUCAUUGAUCAGCAACAAAAAUUACUCUGGCAGCGACAAGAAAUCAAGUACUUGAAGGAAAGAUCAUUGUGGUGCAGAAGUUUUGACACUGUCACUAUAUUACUAGCAAGAUCAGUUUUCACUGUUCUUGCAAGAAUUAAGCUUGUUUUCGGUAUGGGUCAAGGCUAUCCACAUUCUCUGCAUCGUAGUUUAUCCGCGACAGUUUACCCUUCUGAUCAGAACCAUCCCACUUCCCUUGACAUGGUAUUAGGCCCUCGUGCCAAAAGCACUAAACAUCAAGAAUCAAAGGGUGGUUUGUCUCAUGGAUUCUUCGAGUUGAACUCAAAGAUCCUGAAACCGCCUGCAAGUACACUAGGAGCAGCGGCUUUAUCUCUGCAUUACUCAAAUUUGAUAAUUGUUCUUGAGAAAAUGACCAGGUCACCUCAUUUGAUUGGAUUCGAUGCACGGGAUGAUCUUUACGUGAUGUUACCACAAAGCAUUCGAUGGUCUUUAAGGGCUAGACUAAGAGGGGUGGGGUUUUCCGCUAGUGAUCCGGUGCUUGCUGGAGAAUGGAGAGAUGCAUUGGGGAAGAUCUUGGGGUGGUUGUCACCACUAGCGCAUAAUAUGAUUAAAUGGCAAAGUGAAAGGAGCUUUGAGCAGCAAAACAUGAUGCCGAAGACUAAUGUUUUGUUGUUACAAACUUUGUAUUUUGCAAACCAAGAAAAAACAGAAGCUGCCAUAACAGAGCUGUUAGUGGGAUUAAAUUACAUUUGGAGGUUCGAAAGAGAGAUGAAUGCCAAGGCCUUAUUCGAAUCUGCAGAUUUCAACGGCGGCUUCAUCAAUCUGCAGAAUUCCAGUUAAGUAUAUCAAAGCUUGCUGCUUUCUCUCUUGUUUGUUUAGAUUUUGUACUGAGUCUGUAUAAUCUGUUUCUUCCAUAUAGCUUACUCUGGAUCUUUCAUUUAUAAAUUGAACUGAGUUUCACAUCUGUGAAGUGCUGUUUUGCUUCCAACUGUGAUCUAUCUAUUGUAAUACAAGUCAUGUUUGUGAAUGAUCUGCUCUAAAUUUGAUAUGAAAACAUAUUCUUGUAGUUGCUGAUUA